AUGGCUUUCGACGAUAAUGUAGAAAGCCGUGUUGGUAUACGAGGCACAAACUUUAGGAACAAUGAGCGUCUUCGUUCCGAAGCUCCUCUUUCCAAAGGUCCUCAGAGCAACGGUAGAGCUAAUCGACCACCCAGCGAUCUGUUCAACGGCGAUGCGGAACCCGUGACAUAUCAGCCGUUGAUUGGCGUUCUCUCGCAGCCGGGAAUUGCGGACAGCGGCGUGAUUGCCCGCGUGUUCAACGCGACGGAAGAGAACCAUUUCGCCAACUUGUCUUAUAUCGCAGCGUCUUAUGUGAAGUUCGUCGAGGCCGGAGGCGCUAGAGUUGUGCCAAUUAUUUACAACGAGCCGCGCCGCCAGAUUAUCAAGAAGCUCCGGCUGGUGAAUGGACUGGUGCUGCCGGGAGGCGACGCGAAUAAGCGAGGAAGGUUCCUUCGGACCGUGCGACGGUUGCUGAAGAUGGCCAUGUCAUUUAACGACAAUGGCGACUAUUUCCCUAUUUAUGCCGAGUGCCUCAGCUUCGAGAUGCUCACCAUCAUUCUCAGCACGGGAGGUCGCAAGGUGUUGGAGCCAACCAACGCUAAGAGGCCCAGCACGCUGCAGUUUGUGGGAGAGUGGGCCAAAGACAGAAACAUGUUCGCAUGGAUGCGCAGAAGACUGGUGGACCGCUUGGAGAAAGAAAACCUGACCAUGGAGAAUCACAAGUAUGGGUUGACUCCCGAGACGUUCAACGCUGAUGAGGGUCUCGCGUCCUUCUUCAACAUCCUCACCACCACUGCUGAUGACGACGGCAAGGAGUACAUAUCAACGGUGGAGGCCAAGCGGUAUCCCUUCACUGCUCUGCAGUGGCACCCCGAGAAGAAUGCGUAUGAGUGGGGCAACCCCAUCUUCCCACACUCCUCCGAUGCUGUGCAGAUCACACAUGCUGCCGGCACAUUCUUUGCCAAUGAGGCCCGCAAGUCCGGCCACAAACCACGGUCAAGGCACGAGUUGUACCGUUAUCUGAUAUACAACUAUGACCCUGUGUUCACAGGAAAGGAAGGGUCGUUCCACUAUGAUCAAGCGUACAUUUUUCAGUGCAAGAAUGCGAGUGACACUAUCGUGAGUCAUGGCGCUGUGCCGCCAGCUCGUUGCCGUUCCGCAUCCUACGCGCUACGUGGUACUGGAUCCGUCUUUAAGUUCCCCCCGUCCCGGUCGUCUGUUCCUGCCGUCGCUACCUACAGCGCUAACGGGACGAUUCCGGCGUCGGAACCGGAUUUCUCGUGGGCUAGUGGCACAACUGUAGCUGCUUUAGGUCGCCGUGAGGAUGACGUGGACGGGGAAGGGUCUGACGUGGCGCCAAGAAGCAGAGCAACAAAGGGUUUACGUGCUGACAACAAGCAAGAGCUUGAAAAUGCAGGUACCGCUUCUGAGACGUCUCAAAAAUUACGUGCUGACAACAAGCAAGAUCUUGAAAAUGCGGGUACCGCUUCUGUCGCCGCGGCAGUCGCCGCAUCAACCGCCGCAUCAGCCGCCGUCCUUGAAGCUGCACCAGUCGUUAGCGAGCAGGAUAAGGCAGGGAUAGUCGCAGGCACGCCCGCUGCUGACGUGGCUAGGGAGCGAGGACAGGAUGAGGACGAGGAAGAGGAAGAAGAAGAGGAAGAGGAGUGGGAUGAGGAUUGGGAGGACGAAGAGGAGGGAGAGGACGACGAUGUGAGGGUAGAGUUGUGGGAGGGUGAUUUACCCCCGAUGACGGAGGAGGAGGAGCGGGAGCUGCUUCUAGAAGCGGAGCGGGAAAUCGCGCAACUGGAGGCGGAGAAACUGGCGGGAGUUGCGCCCGCGGGGGGGCGCAUGGUGGACGGUGAUUGGCUGCAGGGCGACGGGGAGAUUGGCGCGGAAGCGAGGCGGGAGAUGGGCGCGGGGAAAGCGGCGCGCGGGGAAGUGGCGGAGGCCGGUAAGGGCGCGGGGGAAGAGGCGGGGGGAGCGUUGGCGGACAUGGAGGGAGAGAUUGCGGCGCUGAGGCGGCAGCUGGCGGAGAUGGAGAGGGCGCUGGCGGAAGCCAAGGCGCGGGAGAGGGCGCAGGCAGCGGCGGAAGGGCUUAGGGGACAGGAAACCCCGAACCUCGGGGUUUUGCGGCUGAAUCCGCAGGAGCAGAGGCGGUUGCGCGAGGAGAUGCGGUGGCUAGAAGGAAAGGACGAGGAGGGAUGGGAGGGCAACGACUCCUCAUCGUCAUCACCAGCAUCAGACGCCGAGCGAAGAGGGUUACCAGCAGUGAUGCGCUGCUUCGACACGGCGAAAAUUUACAUCAAAGCAGGCGACGGUGGCGACGGGGUAGUGGCGUUCCGCCGGGAGAAGUUUGUCCCGGACGGCGGCCCGUCGGGCGGCAACGGCGGGCGGGGCGGCAACGUAAUCAUUACCGCCGACCCGGCGCUGAACUCCCUCCUGCCGUUCCGCCGGUCGGUGCAUUUCAGGGCGACGCGCGGGGCGCAUGGGAAGGGGAGUAACAGGCACGGCGAGGCGGGUCGGGACGUGGAGAUUAAAGUCCCCCCCGGAACUAUUGUCCGUGAGGUGGUGGGGAGGGGUCCUGUGCGGGAUUGGGGGGUGAAGAGCGGUGGAGAGGAGUGGGCGGACGGGGAAGGGGAGGGGGAAGGAGCGCAGCAGGGGGAGGGGGAGGGGGAGGGGCGCGCGCUGCUGGAGCUGGUUCGCGCGGGGCAGAGCGAGGUGCUGCUGGCGGGGGGAAGGGGCGGGCGGGGGAACGCGGCGUUCAAGACUGGGCGCACCAACGCGCCCCAGAUUGCAGAGAAGGGGGAGGAGGGGCCUGAGAUAUGGAUGCAGGCACCGUGGAAGCACCCCACGCUCUGGCUGGCUGACACGUUACUUUUGGGCCCGUUCUCCUGUGAAGAGAGAGUAGUUUUGAGACGUCUCAAAACAACGUUCUCCUCUCCCUUCCCUUUCUUUCUCCCCAGGUGGGUGCAGCUGGAGUUGAGAGUGGUAGCGGAUGUGGGCAUCGUGGGCGCGCCCAACGCCGGCAAGUCAACGCUGCUCGCUGCCAUCUCUGCCGCGCGCCCCAAGGUGGCCAACUACCCAUUCACCACUCUCGUCCCCAACCUUGGCGUGGUGGCAGUGCCGGGAGGAUUCGACAGCAUGGUGUGGGCGGACGUGCCUGGGCUGCUGGAGGGCGCGCACGUGGGGCGAGGGCUGGGGCACCAGUUUCUCAGACACACUGACCGCUGCAGAGUGCUGAUCCACGUCAUAGACGGCAGCAGCCCGCAACCCUACUUAGAGCUCCAAGCAGUGACCAGGGAGCUCGCCCUUUUCUCGCCCUCCCUCGCUGCCAAGCCACGGGUGAUCGUCUUCAAUAAGAUGGACUUGCCAGACGCGCAGCAGCAGUGGGGAAGCUUCCAGGAAGCCCGCCUCGGUUUAGCAGCGGAGGUGCAGCGGGCGAGGCGAGCGGCGGUGAACGAGUUCCGGGUGGCAUUCGAUGGACACACGCGCGUGUUUGAAGUGACGGGGGAGGGCAUUGAGCGAUUCGUGCAGAUGACCAACUGGGAGUGA